GAACCGUAACAGGUUUUGAGUAUUGCAUUGUUUACUUUGUGGUAAAGAAGUGGUGGGCUCUUUUUUGAGCAUACGGAAAAUAGAUUUUUCUUGUAAUGUGAGCUUCAAAAUUUGGGACAUUUGCACCAUGACGUUGGCAGCUGUCCACUGUUUUUGAGAGGGACUAUGAUUUUUCCCGUACUGGUGAACAAGGGGAUAUUGACAUGAUGUAGCCCUUGUAAAAGUUUGUUUUCGCCGUUUACAGAGGAGUGUUGUGUGUUAGUAAUCGUUGUACGAAUGUGCGUAACUGCCAGCAAGGUAUGGAUGUGUGUGAACAACUUGAAAAAUAUGAUAGAGACUGUAGUGCUUCGCCAAACGCUGCCACUCCCACAGAGAAGAGUUCUGAGGGUGACUACCCAACCGAAGAAACUGAACAGCUGGGCUCCGUUACACUUAGCCAGGAGUCUGAUGGAACACCCACAGGUCUGCAGAUACGGUCCAGUGCGCGAGUAUCAAAGAAGAUGCGACUUGAUUCCAUUCCGCAGUCAGUUCCUGUUGUCUCUGUGGCGCCUGUUUCUGUACCUUCUGCUUCUGCUGUCGCUGUCGAAAAGAAAGCUAUAUCCACAAAUGUCACAGAUCAAAGUAAAGAUGAUGAUAAGCAAGAUGGUAAACAGACCACAGAGCCGAAACCAAAACGGAAACCAUCUGAACUGUGGUCACCUGAAGAUAAGAAUACAUUUUUUGAAGCACUCAAUGAAUAUGGAAAGGAUUUUGAUGCUAUCCAAAAUUACUUUGCUAUGAAAGCAAGGAAACGAGGAAAUCCUGAACUAGCUAAGAACAAGGACCAAGCAAGACAUUUUUAUUAUCGAACAUGGCAUAAGGUUUCAAAACAUCUGAAAUUCCCUGAAGGAAUUCAAAAAGUGACUCAGGAACUUUAUGCUCUCAUUAACUAUGGAGAGAUGCGCAAAAAGUUAAGUUGCAUUACUGAGAAGACAUCUGUGAAAUUGAAUGAGCUAAUUAGCAAAGGUCACACCCUGAUACGGCUCCGUGGAAAGACAAUUCGUAUCCGCACUCCACUGUGCCGAGCUCUGCGCAGGCUUAAUCAUCUUGAUGAACUUCAGGAUGAGUUGAAAUUGCCUAACCGUGUGAUAGUGGAGUUGCGUCCUCGUGACAGCAAAUCGUGGGCCCGUGUGCAGUCUGUUGCACAAAACCCUCGGGCUCGCACUAGUUUACCUCUUCAAAGACGUCUCUCCACACUAGUCAACUACCUUCAGUAUAGGUGGCGACCAGAACAUUUGAAGCAUAGAGAUCGUCUUCUCUCUUCAGUUAAUGCAGAAGAACUAUCACAGCCAGUUGCAGAUUAUUGCAAAGAAGAAGAACCUCUACUGAGGUUGGCACCUCCACCAGAAACAGUCAUCAGCACUCCUUCCAUAAACCUCAGUGAAUAUUUGACGUCUUCAAUACUCUGCCUCAGUGCCUAUGAGGAACGCCUAGCUAACUGGCCUUCGGAUCCGGCUACAGUAAAGACUGCUGGUGGUGCAAAGAAGGCAGCAAAGCGAAAUACAAAACAAAAGGAUGUGGCUCCAGUCGUUUCAAAUGCUGCUAGUCAGUCGGAUGAAAGGCAGUCGGCAUCUGUAUCAAAUCCUGACCCAGCAGGCAUACAUGAUGAGAAUGCCUGUGAUGUCGACAGUGGACAUGAUUCACCUGCACCCAGUAGCCCCACACACAUGGCUAUUAACAAUAUUCUGUCAUUGCAGCAAGAGGGAAGCCCAUUGGCUGCGCAUAGUCCAUCACAGCCAAGUGAUAAAAGCAGUGUAUUCACCGAGGCAACAGAUGCAGAUGUCAUGGAGUGUUCGCCACCAGCUGAGCAACUUGAUAACAAAGAAGACCUCUCCAAAGUAAUAGAAAGUAUGUCUGAGGUAAGCUCUCAGAAAGAUUGCAAUGCUGCAGUGGGAGAGCAGACAGAGUCCAAAGAGGAUUCCUCCAAAGCCACAAUAGAAAAAGUUCGUGAAGGAUGGACACAGAAGGAUGCUCAUGCUGUUACUAUAGGAGAACUUUACCUAAUGUUUGGCAGUGAAGGUAAAAUACAGUUGGAGUACUGGUGGGAGGAAUCCACACCUUAUGUAAAGGUUGAACCUGCUACUGAAGUGGAAAGUGCAGUACAGUCUUCCAUAUCUGCAGGAAGUCCAGUGACACUAAUCUUACAGAAGCUUCUGUCGAUUGCAAAAUUGAACUACAAGAAGAGCAAGGUAGCAUGCCCCUGUGGACAUAUAUGUGGUCUCCCAAACAAACUGCCAACAGUAACUAAGACAAGGUUGCCACAGAAGACGAGACCUGUUGUAACUACUCCCGUUGACAGUGCAGAGCAAAAACACAGUACAGGGUUGUUGGUACCUGAAGCAAGUGUGUCAAGGCCUCACCUGCUUGCAACUACAGCAGGUGUGACCAGCUUGCACGAUGGCGUUUUCCGCAGACCACUGUUGGCACCAUCACGAUACAGAAUGCUGCCAAAGCACGGCUCGGGUCUUGUAGAUACCAAACCUCAAUUAGAAAAAUUUCAAUUACGAUAUUGCAAUCGUCGAGGGAGGUCAGUUCGCCCCAAAAAUGUGGUGGUACAACGUAUGCUUCCACUGCUACCAAAGGCUCCAAGUGGUCAUUCUGUGGUAACUCUAAAUGUCAUACAGCAAACCAGUCAAUUACCUGGUGAAUUUUUGCCUUUCACUACAACAACACCCACGACUGCAGUUCAACAUUCUACAUGUCAUCCUGUCCUCCUCAAGCCACAACCACAACAGACAGAAACAGUGUGCUUGCCUGAUCUCACAGCUGCAACGGUUCCAGUUACUGCAGUUACCACACCAGCAAGCACAGCAGACAUGUGUGCAGCCCUCCCUGUGGAACCCACAGUUCUGUCAGCAGAGCCCACUCCAAACACAGAUGAUUUGUCAGGUCUGUUGAGUCUUGAUCUCUCAACACCACCUCCAACACCAGCACCUGUUUCUGCAUCAUCACCUCUUAUAACAAUUGCAGAUGGUAUUGACAUAGCAAAGAAUGAUCACCAGUUGUCACCAACUACUACUGCAUUACCUAAUGGAUUUUCUGAUGAGUGUGAUCCCACUGCACCCACUGGCUUUGGGGGUGGCCUGCUUCCAGCAGAUGAUGUCUUGGAGACGUCUUCAACAAGAUCACUGCCCAGUCCCACAAGGAUCCUUAAGGAGGAUGACAACCAAUGGCUUAAUUCUGAGGUUGCUGAUUUCUCUUUGAGCAGUUUUCUUGGCCACCUAGAAUCUCCAAUGAAGAAUCCAUGUGUUGGAACAGUUGUUCCAGUUGGAGAAGAAUCACGUAUGUCAUCAGAUGUGGAAGCACAGUUGCAGUGUUUGAUGAGUGAGAAUAGUGUGGAUUACAUGGCAAAGUUUGCUGACCUGGCUGCUCAGAUAGCAUCUGAUGGAGCUGUUAGUAAAAAAUGAAUGUCUCUGGUAAAGUUGCACAAACUAAUGUAAGCGGAUGACAAGUGUGCCAGAAGAAACUUUGCUUCAGAAAGUUAAAGCGUGUGCUCUUGAGUGUCCCAUUCAUCACAAAGUGCCCAUGCUUAAUUUAUUCUCUCUUCGCACUACUUAUCAGAGGUGUGUGUGUGUGUGUGUGUGUGUGUGUGUGUGUGUGUGUGUGAUUUUUGAGUUAUUUGUUUCCGUGAAAAAGGAAUUGUCUGUGUGAAUUUAAAUGUAAGUGCAUCGAAAUCAUGUAGAAGCAGAAGUGCGUUUUUGUACUGUCUAUUUUACUAUAACCUUGGCACAUUUUUGUGCUUUAUUUAUUUUAUAAACAUAAGUUCAUUAAUAGUACAAUGGCAACUCAUU